AGGGAGAUGGAUCUUUUGCUAAAAGGAAAGGGAGGAAGAUAUGGAGGGGGGAGAGAGAGGUAUGCAGAAUAAUUAAAACGUGUCAUGUACAUGUACCAACUCCCCACAAGGAAGGCAAUCAUUACAUUCGUCAGAUAUGUAGCAAUAAAAAUAAACACUACUAAAGGAAAUGAGUUUCCUGAGGCUCUUUUCCGGUUGAGCCUGGGAUGCACAGGGCACCCUUGGGAUGAAGGCAUAUUCUGCUGUGCUCGGAAUGGGUGCCAUCACAGGUCCUGCUGCUCAGGCCUUCUGCAUCCUUGUUGGUCCAGUUGAUCCAUCAAUGUUGUGAAUAAGGUAUUAAAAUAUGCAAUUAAAAAAUUUAAAACCACACAGAGAGACAUAUAGGUGCACACACACACGUGUCACAUGUGUUCAUUGAUACCCAGAGCAUGGGUGGGUGGAUAGAUGACAGGUAUUCACAGAGAGAUGAGAGAGGUGGAGGUGGUGAUAGGUAGGUGGCAGGUAGAUGGCAGAAAGACGAUAAACGCCAGGCGGAGAGGUCACAUACAUACACGAUACGUGGACAGAGGCAGAUGAAGGCACGCAGCUGACAGGCUGAUAGAUGAGGACAAGUAGAUGGUAGUGGGAGCUGAUCGAUGGCAAACAGAUGACAGAUGUAGACCUAGGUGACAGUGGGGUACAUGGAUGGACGGACAGAUGGACAGACAGGACGGACAGACAGUGGACACAGUCCACUCUCCCCAUGUGUGGAUUCUGCGCCUGUGGCACAGUCCUGCUGCCCCAAGCACAAGGACAGGGGACAGAGGGCGAGGUGCUGAGGGGAGGAGAAGCCGGGCAGAACCUGGGCAGGGCUCCGAGUGUGGUCACAGACUCUGCAUAGCCAUGUGGCCUCAGACUCUGGAUUCUCCUCACCAGGUGACAAAUGUCUUGUGAUCCGGGUCAGGGUGGGGGUGUUGGGUGAAGGGUCAGGGCCAAGGACAACACUUCCCCAGAGCUGACUUCCUGCAGAGGGAGCAAAGGUCUUGGGGCUGUUUGGCCAGUGGUGGACAAUGUUCCAGAGCCUCGUGGACAAGGGAGGCACAUCGCACCACGUGACACCCCAGCCCUCCCCACUCCCAGACCUGGAUGAGCCCUGGCCAGCCCCAUGCCUGCUCAUGGACAGUCGCAGAGGAGAUUAAUGAGCCGGAUGCACUGAAAACAAACAUCCCCGAUGACAGCAGGAGCUGGGUCACCAACAAGGAAGGGCAGGCUGGGACACAGGGCCAGGGAUGGAGAUAAAAGCCCAGAGCCCAGCGCCUCACACAUUCACACUCACUCACACUCACUCACACUCACACACUCACCUCCCCAGCCCAGCCCCGCCAUGGCCGCCUCCACCAUGUCCAUCUGCUCCAGCGCUUGCACCGAGCCCUGGCAGGUGGACGACUGCCCAGAGAGCUGCUGUGAGCCCCCCUGCUGUGCCCCCAGCUGCUGCCAGCCCAGCUGCUGCACCCCGGGCCCCUGCCUGAGCCUCAUCUGCACCCCAGUGAGCUGCGAGUCCAGCCCUGCUUGCUGCUCCUCCUCCUGCCAGCCGUCCUGCUGUGAGUCUCUCUGCUGCAAGCCUGUCUGCUGCACACCUGUCUGCUGCACACCUGUCUGCUGCACCCCCGUCUGCACUGGAUCCUCCUCUUCCUGUUGCCAGCAAUCUGGCUGCCAGCCGGCUUGCUGCUCAUCCUGCCAGCCAUCCUGCUGUGAGUCCAUUUGCUGCACACCCAUCUGUUGCAAGCCUGUCUGCUGCACCCCCAUCUGCUCCGGGGCCUCCUCCUCCUGCUGCCAGCAGUCUGGCUGCCAGCCAGCUUGCUGCUCCUGCUCCCCCUGCCAGCCGUCCUGCUGCGUGCCCUUCUGCUGCAAGCCCGUCUGCUGCACGCCCUCCUCCUCCAUGUCCCUGCUCUGCCGCCCCGUGUGCAGACCCGCCUGCUGUGUGCCCACCUCCUCCUGCUGCACCUCCUCCUGCCAGCCCAGCUGCUGCAAGCCCUCCUCCUCCCUGUCCCUGCUCUGCUGCCCCGCCUGCCCCCGCCAGGCCUGCUGUGCCCCCUCCCUGGGCCAGAAGUCCUGCUGCUGAUUGGCCUUGUCACCCAGGGCUUGGUGGCUCCCGGACGGCUCCCAGGUCCUCUGAGGUGAAGCCUCACAAACCCUGCUCUGCAUCCUGGCUGGGCAGUGGUCACUGAGUCCUCCCCACAGAGCAAC